AUGAGGGAGUUUUAUCUAUCAUCUAGCAUGUUGGCUAGUGAAACAGGGAUCGCCUAUGAAGUCAGUGACAGCUACGGAUCAAGAAGAUAUGAUAAUAAUGGCAAUAGUUCUUCUGAAAGGAUUCAGUAUGUGAUUUCGAUGGCUCAUUCACAGGGUUUUGAUUGGAAUCAAGAUUUUUUUGCUACUAGAUACGAGCAAAUGUGUCAAGUUGUGUAUGACGGUCAUGUUGACAGCAUUGAAUCGGUAAUUGAAGGGUUAAAAUGCGAGGAAGAGGCAGUUACGGAAAAAACUAGUGAAAACGAAGAUGAAAAUAUGGAUCAUGAUGGCAGGCCCAUUACUCUUUCCUCCAAAGACACAAAUACACACUACCGUUACUCUCCGCAGGUUUAUCGAAGGAUCAGUGAUGCUUUUAUUAGACCAAGACGUAAAUCCGACAGAAGUAUAUCAUUUUCUGCUGAUAGGGAACAGGGAAACUUUAAACGUACAGAAGUGACCGUUAUCGAUGUAGAAUCAGAAACUCUGGAGAACAAACUCCUCAAAAGCCUUGUAAGAUCAUAA